AGCAGCCAUAGAUUCUCUACCCAAGUAAACUCUCACUCAAACUUAAUAAUAUUCAGCUCUUCUUAAUAAAGAAUCUAAUUCGCAAGUCAUCGACUUAACUGCCUUUUUACAAUAACAACUAAAGCUGAAUACAACACCAUUUCCAGCAAUGCUCACGAAUGGAUAUGAAUGUGAGUUUAUGGACUUCACCAACUCACAGAUACGUCGACGGUUUGGAUUACGACAUGUACGGCGAAGAACGGCUAGUCAUCGAAGCAUCAAGCAAUCAGCAUAAAGAACGCUUGAAACAUACGUUGGAUGACACAGCAAAACAGUUACACAGCUCGAUCUGUAUGCUACAAGGAAUUGCAAAUACGUAUUCAAAUGCCAACUUUAUCACGAUGCGAAAGGUGAAGGUUUUUGACUUGCAAUGUGUGAGGACCGGCAUCACCUUAUCACAGACAUCCUUUGAUGAAAAUGGAAAGUAUAUGUACGAAGGAGUCCGAUCAGUGAAAAUACCCACUACUUAUGAUGAACGAACACGAUUAAUCCGCGUUAUGGAUCUUUUGGCGUAUUUACUGAUCGAGAUAAUGAACAAGAGCAAACAGUGAACAACUUGAGAGAUGAACAUGAUGG